AUGGAGUUUACCAACCACACUAUUCCCGCCAACACCACCACCGCCGCUCCCGUUGUCUGGACCUCCCAGCUGAUCUUCCAGGCGACGGUGUUGACCCUCUCCGUCACCGCCAACCUUGUCGUCCUCCUGGACUUCCUGCGCAUCCCGGCGCGCAUCACACCGUUCACCAUCUACCUCAUCGCGCUGCUUGUGGCUAAUUUGUUAUUUUUAUUGCCGGUGACCUUUCUGGAGAUCCUCAACACGGCGUACGGCGGGUGGUGGAUGGGCCGGCGGGUGUGCCAGAUGCACAACUACUUCAACGAGGUGUGGUCGGGGGCGCAGUGUCUGUGUCAUGUCCUCAUCUCCGUCAACCGGUUGUGGGCGGUGACGUUUUCCGUGUCGUACAAGCACCAUCACACUAAAAAGGUAGCGGUGUUCUCCUGCGUGGCCGCUCUCCUGUGGGCGCACAUGGGCGGCCUCCCGAUCUUCAUCCUGGACACUCUAUACUACAACCUGGACCUGCGUUUCGGCUGCCACUCCAACUUCUCGGCCAUGCCGGCGUGGAAUAAAGUGGAGGACUGGAUGAACCACACCGGUCCGCUCAUCUUCAUCCUCCUCUCCUAUCUCUACCUCUUCACCCACCGUCUCCACCGCAAACGGACGCGGGUGGCAGUUGUUUCGACAGCGGACACCCGGAUGACCAUAAUCAGCGUGGCGGAAGCAGCGGUACAUAAAAAGCCGGUAGUGCGCCGCGAAGUAGUCAAACCGUUCAUGAUCCUCUCGUUGACGGUGGUCAGCAUCAGCGUGUGUUGGAUCCCGGCGCUGGUCUUCUUCUCCACGUGGUUCUACGCCGGGGUGUUUCUGUCGCCGACGUUCUUUGUCAUUGCCACGGGGUUGUAUGCCAUGCAGGCGUUGAUUGAUCCGCUGCUUUUUGCUUAUGCGCUUUAUCGCCGCACUUGA